AGGCAGUUUCCCCGGCAUAGUUAUUCCUCCACGUUUGGCGAUUGUUUAUGUUUAUUUACCAUUAAUUAACGAUGCACCUGCCGCAACAAAGGCCGCACCACGACAUCGCCGCACUCUUCGCGGAAGCGCAACCGGAUUUCCUACGGAUUUCCGCUCCGAUGGUGCGCUACAGCAAGCUGGAAUUCCGGCGACUUGUGCGCCUCAAUGGAGUGCAACUCGCCUUCACGCCCAUGAUGAUCUCGGACUCCAUUAACAACAGCGAGAAAGCCCGCCAAAAUGAGUUCUCCACGGGGGCGGAUGACCAGCCGGUGAUUGCCCAGUUUGCCGCCAAGGAUCCGGCGGAAUUUGUGACCUCCGCCCAGCUUAUCUAUCCGUAUGUGGACGGCAUCGAUCUGAACUGCGGCUGUCCGCAGAGCUGGGCCAUGGCCAAGGGCUAUGGAUGCGGUAUGCUGCGCCAGCCGGAGCUAGUGCGUCAGGUGGUGCAGCAGGUGAGACGCACUCUGCCCUCGGACUUCAGUGUUUCGGUCAAGAUGCGUCUCCUGGGCGGCGAGGAGUCCCUGCAGCGAACCAUUGAAUUGGCCCGCCAGUUGGAGCAUGCGGGCGUCACCUUCCUCACUCUCCACGGUCGGACGCCAGCCCAGAAGCACUCGAAGGACACGCUGGACAUCCCGGCCAUGGCGGAGGUGCGUCAGUCCCUGCAAAUCCCCCUGAUAGUCAACGGCAAUGUGGAAAGUUACAAGGAUGCCUGCGAAAUGCAUGAGAAGACAGGAGCUGCUGGUGUGAUGGCUGCCCGUGGACUGCUUGCCAAUCCGGCACUGUUCAAUAGCGCCUAUCCGGAGGCUAGGAGCACGCCGCUGGAAUGUGUGCAGCAGUGGUUGGACAUUGCGGCUGCUGCCGGGGAUAACCUGCUGUUCCAGUGCUUCCACCACCACCUCACCUUCAUGUACAGCGCCCAAAUGAAACGAGAUCUGCGCGUCCAGUUCAACAGUUUGGGAAGCAAAGAGCAGGUGGUGCAGUUCCUCAAGGAACACUACAACCUGCAGUACGACGAGGACAACCCCACGCCGGCUGACUAUACGAAUUGCACGUACACCCACUUCACGCCGCCCAAACAUGCCCGCCACAUUGCCGCCGAGUCGGAUGAGCAGGCCUGGAGUGCGAAGAGCGAUGGCAAGUUCUUUACGGAGUUCCGGGCCCACCAGUUGACGGGCACUGGCGGGGAAGAUCUGGAACUGGGCGGUCUCUUUGGCGACGAGUAGUGAAUUGUUGUAUAAAUCUAUUCUUAGCUAUGUAGGUCUAAAGGUUGUACAAAAUAAAUAAAUAUUUCUUAAUAUA